CUCUAAACGUUGUGACUAAAUUCAAUCCAUACCACUGACGUCGCUAGUUUCGCACAACUCUCAGUCUGGAAAACGUGAGCGUACGAUCCUUUCAGCACUGCAUAACAUAUUCAUAAUGUUGGUGACAAAGUGACAUCACAAAUGGCUUCUGCUAGAGGAGAAAAUUCUGCUUCGGAUGGUUAUAGUAGAUUUAAUGAUGAUAUCGAUAAUAUUGAAGGUUCAUAUCAGUCUAAUAAUCUCAAACAUGAGAUUUCUCAGACAGCGGAAGAUUUUCCCAAUGAGAUAGGAAGCACAUCUAGCUUAAAUCGUGAUAUAUCAGCUGAAAAUUCGGUCGAACUGAAUGGACCAGGUGAUACACAUUUUGAUGCUGAACAGCACUGGGAAAUGAAUUACCAUGAAGCAGCAAUAUUUCUUGAGGAAGGGGAAAACAACGAAAAGUUUGAUUCACAUCCUCACAAUUCUGAAGCACUGCCUGCAUAUUUGUUGGUCCAUAACCGAUGGUAUUAUGGGCUUGACAUGGCAACGUCAUUAAUAUUGCUCGCCCUGGCAUUUGUUGAAGAACCAGCCCUUCCCUUAUUUAAACUUCCAGUUGGAGUACAUGGCAGCAUUGAACUACUAGCACUUUCAGUCAUUGGAGUGGAGCUAACUUUGAAACUACGUUGGAUUGGUUGGAAAACAAUUUUGAAACACAAACGAACUAUGAUAAAGUGUGUAACUCUUGGCAUUAUGUUUGUGGAGGCUGUGACAGUAUUGGUACGACAGUCAUCCCAUUUCCGUGUGACACGUGCUCUUCGUCCCAUUUUUUUGGUGGACACAUGUCACUGUGGAGGUGUGAGACGUUUCAUACGACAAAUUUUCCAGUCACUGCCACCAAUUCUGGAUAUGAUGGGAUUACUUUUAUUCUUCGUGACAAUCUAUGCUCUCCUGGGUUACUUCCUUUUCUCAGAUGAUCCUCGAGACCAGCACUUCACCACACUGCAUGACAGUUUUGUCAGCAUGUUUGUUUUGCUCACAACAGCAAAUUUUCCAGAUGUUAUGAUGCCAUCAUAUUCAAGGUCCAAGUGGUUUUCCAUAUUUUUUGUUUCCUACCUGUGCACGGUGCUGUACGUUCUCAUGAACUUGAUGCUAGCCGUAGUCUAUGAAACAUUUACAAGAAUUGAACGUGAUAAAUUCCGGAAACUUUUACUCCAUAAACGCAAGGCAUGUCAGCAUGCCUUUAGACUAUUGGUUUCUAAACAGAACCCAUGCAGAAUGCGAUUUAAGCAAUUUGAAGGUCUGAUGAGGUAUUAUGCACCAAAGAAAUCACCUCGUGAUGUGGUAUUGAUGUUCAAAGAGUUAAGUGCUACAGGCACUUGCUCGCUCUCAUUAGAAGAAUUCUACUCAGUAUAUGAUGCAGUAACGCUCAAGUGGGAAGCCCAGUUCUCACAGAUUCCUUGGUUUCACACUACAUGGGCCCCACUACAGACAUUCUGCCAGUUCACACAUGAUUUUGUAACCUGGAAAUAUUUUGAGUACAUUGUUUAUGGACUGAUCCUAACAAAUGGCCUGGCUAUGAUUUUUCGAAUUCUUGAAUUUAAUGAUGACUUGCAAGAAUCGGCAUUAUCAUUUAGUGCGUCAUGGGACACAAUCUUGUUUGUUGGCUUGUUUGUUGUUGAAGUGGUCCUGAAAAUUCUUGGUCUUGGUAUCACGCAGUACUUUGGGUCAGGAUGGAAUAUCUAUGACUUCUCAGUGACACUGCUGUCUUUAUUUGGAGUGAUUAUUCUCUCCUUGGCGCCAUCAUUUGUGUACGUGGUGGUACUCCGGCCACUUCGGCUGCUGCGGCUGUUCAAAUUGAAGAAACGUUACAGGGAUGUGUUUGGGACGCUUGUUCUUCUCACACCACUUAUGUGCUCAACUGCCGUCGUCAUGCUUGUUCUGUACUACUUUUUUGCCAUCAUUGGCAUGGAGCUGUUUGCGGGCUAUGACAUGCGGAACUGUUGUGUGAACUCAACGGUAGAGGAUUUCUACAAGUACAGUGCGAAUGGAAGUACAGUUCUUGGAUACUACUAUCUCAACAAUUUUGACAAUCUGCUGACUGGAACAAUAACCUUAUUUGAGUUGACAGUUGUUAAUAACUGGUUCAUACUCAUGAACAGCUAUGCACUGGUGGUGUCUCCUUGGAGCAGAGCAUAUUUCAUGCUUUUUUAUCUCUUUACUAUGAUUGUUUUGACAAUAGUAGUAGCAUCUGUACUUGAAGCAUUCCGAUUCCGAAUUCAGUAUAAAAGGCAGACAAGCAAACGAGAAGAGGAACAGAUGCUGCAUGAGGAAGUAGAUCUCAAAUGGGAAGAAAUGCAAGCAUGGGUACAAGAUUUCCAACUCCUGGAAAGACUGAGAGCUGAUCUUGUUGUUGGGGGCACAGCAACCUUCAUUGGCUGCAGACCCAGGAACCGUGAAGUGUUGCAGAGACGGAUGUAUCGAACAGAGAUUGAGGAGUGGAUGAAAGAAGCUGAUCUCACAGACAAGCUGGAACAUGGUAGUGGAGGAAUGAGAGAUGAAAAUGAAGAACGCAUCAUAAACUAUGAUCAGAUCAUUCUGGGAGGGCCCCUGACAGGCGAGGGAGAUUCAUAUCAGCAUGCGGUGCCCAUCAAUUGAUAAGAAUAAGCAUUUUAAAGAUUUUAGAGAGGCUACUUCAGAAAUAAUGUUGGAUAUGAAAGAAUCCUAACAAUGUCAUAAUUCUCACUACUGUUAUUUCUUGCCAUACCUUUAUAUCCUCCUCUUUGUGACAGAACUGUAAUUGAAAUAUCAAAGUUUUGGGAUUAUUUACUACAUAUCAAAGAAAUAAAUCUUGAGAGGUACAGGGUUUUAUCAAGACUGAUAUGUAGACAACAAGAAAUUAUGAAAUUUACAUUCUUACCUUGAUGUUAAGUUUAGAUCUGUUGAAAUCACUUCUAUAUACAUAUAUUUUUUAAGAUUAUUUUAUGUGUUUUAUUUAUUUAUAUUUUAUUUUCAUAUACACUCACUAAUCAUAAAUAGCAGCUUGCCAGUUUAGCUCUUUAUUUGUGAGAGGAAAUUAGAUCUAUUUUUAAACCAGGACAGAUUUAUGAAUACUUUUAGUUUGUGAUAUUUCAUUUCUCUUUCUUUUGUCUUUUUGUGCAUGGAAAGGAAUACUUGUGGUUGAUAGCAGGAAUUCUGGAGAGUUGUUAGAGAGGGAACAUUCUGAAAGAUACAAGGUUACUAUGAUUGCUGCAACAAAAGGAUGAGUUUGUGUGAUCAGCAUAUAAACAAUAUUGGAUAAUUCCUGAUACUUUUUUAACUCUAUGAUUAUUAAAUUUACAAUGGCACAUUCCAUAGGUUUCAUGCAAUGUGAUAUAAUUAUGAAGUGUAUAGAAGAGGCAGGCAAUGUGCUAUAUAAAGCACAGAAUGGAUCCAUAACAUUGUGAAUCAAAAAUUCAGACUGAUGUUAUGUGUUCUUAUAAUAUGAAACGUUCUUUCAGGUUUGCCACCUACAAUGUAUUGUGAAGCUGAAUUUAAUUGUGAUAGAACUGCAAAAGAAGCACUUAUAAUGAAUGCAAUGACUGUUACUAAUUACUCUAAGGGAGAGCACUAAUUUCUUGGAAGAGUGGCUUCGACAUUUGUGACUAAAUGAAAUAAGAUUUUAUACAAAAGAAAAUCCCCCUUCUAUUUAACCCAUGUGGUACCCUCAUACUAAAAAUGUCGCUUGAUCUGGUUGUAAAAGAUGUUUAAGCAAGACUGACUUCUAUAAAAUUCUAGUGACGCUCUGUCAUAUAGACAUUAGACAAUGUUAUGAAUAAUCCCAAAACCUCAGAAUCCAAUGUAGCAGAGGGAGGUAGUUAUACACAUACUAACACAACUGAAUAAAUACUGGUAAUAAAAAGGAAAUAAUUCCAUCUCAUAAGUGUAAACAGGUGCAACUCAUUAAUAUACUUAAUGAAAUUAUCAUGGUACUUCAUUUGAAUGAGGCACACAGUAGUGUAGUUGGUCAAAGCACCAUGCUACAAGCUGGAAGGUUGUGGGUUCGAUUCCCAAUGAGG